GUGUGACGUUUGCAAUAUUCGUUUCCUCUUUCCCACACUUCUUUUUCCGUCUUCCUCCACAUUUCCCGACUUUGGUUACAAAGAAGUAUGUAUUUCGCGGUACAAACAGACAAACAAUUAAGUCAUCAAAACUUAAAACCAUUCUUAUUCUUCCAUAUAAUGCGUGCUUUUUCAACAACUUUCAACUUCAUACAGAAACGUAAAGAUCAGUAGAAGAUACGACAAUCUAAGCAACCUUCACCAUUUACUGAUACUCGACCGAAACAACACCCAGUUUGAAGGUACCGCAUGCAAAAAUAAAACUGUUCUUGCACUCUAAACGUCGUCAGAUUACAUCCGCUAUCUGAUCCUAUUUUAAUAUUAUCUAUUACACAUGCUCAACUAAUACGCGCAUCACCCUGUCGAUCUUCUCUCUACGUUGUUUUUUAAAUUUUCGCGCCAUCUGUAUCUUGGGGGCCUCCAAGAUGGCUGCCUCCAUGACCGCAGUUGUCCAUUUAAUGGUGCACCGAUGGUGCUCACUGUUGUGUCUGUUUGCCCACCCAUCCGAGCCUGUUCGGCGCUUUGGGCUAGCUCCAUUUUCCUCUCGCCCUUUCUCGGUGACUAUGCAGUGUUCGCGACGACAGAGCACUGUCGUACGAGACGGUUCACCUGCUUACUCGUACGACUCAACUGACCUACUAACUGCAGCUGUUACGUACGUGUAUUCAUUUCGCUCUGCUGGCGUCGCUGCUACUAGCAGCCAACCGAUGAUCGAAUGGUGGUGAUUUUUUACUGGCUUACCUAAUCAGUUGGUAAGGCCUGUAUACGACAUUCUAAUUGAGAGAAAAAAGAAGGAAAAAAAGCCAGUUUAGCCAGUCUCUAUCAUUCCAUCGUUUCAUUCUAUACAUCGUAACAUUAGCAGCAGCAGUAAUAACAGCAGUCAUCAUUGUCCUGAGUGUAUGUGAAAUGAGUUGACUGUAAAUAUGGGGGUUCUGUGAGAGCCUGCCUUGUUCUUUUGAGGGUGCGUUCAAGGCGCCACAUAACCUUACUGUCCUGGUGCCGCCGUUGCCUCGAAAAUCAUUCGUGCUGUCGUGGAUCUCUUUAACCGGACAACUACAACUGAAUCCCUGCUCUCAGCUGACUUACUUGACUCCUCGUCAGCGGCUGCGUCGCUGCUACGGUUACCGCUAGCGUUGAUACUGUUGACGCUGAUGUAAUUAAAUGGUGAUCGAUGCAGGCAGAAAGAUGCAAUGCUUUUCUCUUGUGCUCACUUGGUUGCCUGCUAUUGAUUGCUGGUAGUAAGUGACUGAGUGUUCGGAUGCGUAGGGAAAAGUACCUUUGUGAGAGAAUCGAGCUUUCUGGCUGCACGUUAUUCCUGUUACCACUAUUCAAGGUCGUCGUCCAAAUCGCUGUUCGUGCCACUGUUUUUUACUGCCGCUGCUGCUGCUGCUAUUGUUAUUGUUGCUGCUGGUGCUCCCUCUGAUAGGACCUGAGAGAACGUUGCUGUUAUUGCUAAUACCGCUAAAUACCAUGUCGAGCCCCUUCGGACGAGGGGAUGGCCCCGCAGAGAGUAUCACGAGUGCGCGCCAGAGGAGACGUUGCACAACGCCGACAACAGCAGCAAAAGCGAGUAGGACAAACACCCCCACAAACAACAACAACAAAAACAACAAUACGUACUUUGUCAGCACCAGCCGCAGCAGGAGCUCUAAUAAUUAUUCGAACUUCCAUAGCAGCUGUGUUACCGCGGCGUCCAGGACGACCAUUACUAACGAGAACAACAGAAACCAUAACGACAAGAACGAACAAAGCAGUUGUAGAAACAUCGGCAGCCGUUGGAUUUCCAUCGCCUUCGUCGAUUCGAACUGCUACUUUUGGUGACAGACCGGUAAGGGUAAAGUGUACAACGGCAAGCUCAAACGCUGUCGUUCAAUCUGUGGGACUAGCCUUUACCACGCAGGCGAGUCGCAAUCCGUAUUUGUUUAUUAUUCUACCUUCUGGAAUAAGACAUCAUAUUUAUCGUAUUAGGAACAGCGUUAAUGGUAGUGCUCAACGCGUUCGUCAUCAAUUUUGCAACUUACCAUUACUGCUCCAGUUGAAGCUGAUAUUCCUGCGGAAACCGCGCAGGAAAGGAGGAAACGACAGAGAAGUCAGCAAACAGGAAAAAGAAUCUGAUGCUCCUACUACUUUUGUGACCACUGUAGUUUUCACGGCUAAGGACGCUGACUUCGCACUCAACGCGGAAGUAGAAAGUAGCCUAAGCUGUGGCAUCGCAAAUUGGAGUCCGUGGCGUCAACAGACUUCUGCUGCCGGCGAGUGGGGCAGGUGGGACAGGCGACGUCGAGUUCGCUCAAGCGGACCUCGCCGAACGGAGGUUGGCCAAUUGCCGAACUGUACGUAUUCGUCCCCGUUGUGGUCGCCGCGGAAGCUGUUGCCCCAUCAACGAUGGGCAAUUGUGUGUCACCGGAAACGGACGAAACCUCGUUCGCUGUUUGGAACGUCGAUGACGCGGGAAAUCGCGUCCAGCCAGGCCGAAUCUCAUUGACGGAUUCCCAGCUGGUAUUCGUUCAAAAAGGCGGUGAACCGAUUCGGUGGCCGCUUAGCGGCCUUCGAAGAUAUGGCUUUGAUGCGGAGCUGUUCUCGUUUGAAUCAGGCCGUCGGUGCCCAACCGGUAGUGGAGUGUACGCCUUCCGGUGUCCGCGAGCGGAACGCCUUUUUAAUCUCCUUCAAGAACGAAUCCAGGCGCAGGCUCCUGCCAGGCCGUCGUCUUUAGUCGAUUCACCACCCUCACCCGAGAUGCGACAAACAGCUGACUAUCUCGAACCGAUUUCGAUCGGCGCACAAGUCGUGUCGUCGGUGCAUUUUGUCAGCAACAACUCGGCCCAUCAUCACGCACCAGUUACUGGAGCCCCAGGUGGGCCCGUCUAUCAAAAUGUGCCGGUACAACAAAGUCAGAGCACGGAUUCUGUGGCGCUAAGUCCUGUGUUAACAGGGCCUAACCUUCUCACAGUAUUGCCCGGAGGAGCACCACUAGCAGCAUCUGGCGUCAACUACGUUGUGCUCGACCUUGAUCAUAGCGAACCCGCAACGCCUACGUCGCCGACCUCACCAGUGUCGCCCCAACCGGCGCCUUCACCACCGUCGCAGCAUUCGCCGUCUCCACUAGGUUAUGCGCAGAUCGAUUUUGACAAGACGUUAGCCUUACAGCAAGUGGCAAACAGACAACGCAGUGGAUCGUGAGCAUCGAAAUGAGGAUGGGGCAACAGGAAGAAGACGAUAGGCGUCAUGGGAGACGAGAAGGCUGAGCGUUGACGCUGACGUCAUUUUAGCAAUCAGUCUGGUCAGCCAAGGAGUCGAAUUAUACAAUGCAGGUAAAAAAAAAAAUAAAUAAUAUAGGUCAGUGGUGUUGAUACGAACAUUUUUUUGGAUACCAUAUCACUACCCCUACUCGUGUCACAAAUGCACUGUUUACCAUAGACACAUAUAAGUGGUAGCUCACACACGUUGAAAGAACAUGAGGAAGAUAGACGAAAAAUCUGACAACCUUGUCGCGGAGACGAAUCUAGCUUUUGAUACUGCUCUUGUACCAGUAGUAGCAAUAGUGAUUGGCGUUAGCCGUAGUAGGCUUUUAAAGAAGAAGAAGCCAUUUUAGUUACGCCCAUUUAUUGUCCGCUAUCAAAUCACCAUUUUUUCUGUAAUAUAAUUAAAUUAGUUGUAUGUGGUGUUUAUCGAAUUGGUGAGUAUUGAAUGAAUAACUGUUGACAGCUAUACUAUCGGCUGCAACUCUCAGUUUUCACAAGAUUCAUUCUGUUCUCAGUGAGUUGCCUUCGUCGGAUGUUUCGGAUGACACAAAAAAACAUGUGCAGGUCGGUCAUGAACCUUGCUAAUCGAACAGAAGAUUACCUGAGGAGCAAAAGAAAAGGAAGGGCAUGAUUAUCGUAGGUUACACCGGGCAGUUUUAUAACACUUUCGAAUUUUUAUCAGCAAGCAAGAUCAUACCAAGCCCAUAGUAACAACAUGGUGUUGAUUAUGAAGUGCAAUGGUUUCAAGAACUAUGUCCUAUAGGUCAAACCCAAUUACGGCCAGAAGGCUGAUCGGGGCAGUACGACGGCAAAACUGAACUGAGUAGUCUAGCUGUAGGCAGUUUGCGAAAUCCAGUUUAUUAUUAUAAUUAUAGAUAUCGGGUAUGGACUACGUAUUGAAGGGUUAUAUAUAUAUAUAUAUAUAUAUAUAUAUAUAUAUAAGAUAAUGACGAAGAUGGCGAGAACAAUAAAGAGCUAAUGCUUGUCAGUAAGUGCUAUACAUCUAUAUACAUAUUGUGUGCGUUUAUUUUUGCUAAGACAUGUAACUUGUCUCUAGACGGACGUACGCUAAUGAUGUGACUUUACGUGUUUAUUUACGAAUAUGAUCAGCAGAUUCCUAUUACUAUUAUGUCAAUACGAGGCUGAAUGUAGCAGUCGAAGGGAGUUGUGCCGUAAGCGACCUAGAGCCGAUAUAAAAACAAAAACAUGAUAUGUGCAGAUUAAACAUGCACUGGUUUAGUCUGCAUACACCAUAUAUGGUGGUGAACAUAUGAUAUGUAUCAUGGAUAGGCUGAUAUACAAACGGAGAAGACGUACCAAAAAGUGUGGUAGUACCUAGUCGAUGUUGAGAGACAAACGACCCGAUGAACCGUUAGAAAAGUCAUUACGAUAACUAUUCUGUAGUUAUUUGAAUUGAAAAGGGUCGUCAGUUGGGAAGAAUGGAGUAUUGAUACACGUAUACUUUGAUGCUAACGCGAUGAGGACGUGCUAAAGUACUGGUGAUCUGGGUAUAAAUUGCAGAUGAACCAAGAAAGAAAAGUUGAAAAAAUACGAAAAAAAAAUUAUUGAGUCAGGCACUGUUGUUUUCCUGAUUUGUUAUUGCGUGCUGUUGUUAUAUUAAUGGAUUUCAUAUUGUAAAGGAUGCUAAAUGAAUCGGUUUCCAGACCAUGGCAGACGGGGUUCUGACGAAGUAAAUCGACAUACAGUAGUAGGCAAAUAAUUACAAAUAGUUAAGAACUUAAGUGAAGGGAACCAAACCGAUAGGGAUGGUGAUGUCGGAACGUUGAAAACACACAAUAUGCGAAUGAGACUGAAAGGACAAGACAAAACGAGUAUCGAAACAAUGAGUGAAAGGUUUAAAAACGGACUGUGUAAUAAAGAGCCCCGGGAGUAAAAGAAAAAGGAUAUUAUUUUAUUGAUGAAACGUGUGUUGAAGACCUCUUUAUAUACCUGAUAAUUAAUACGGCGGAAAUACAAGGUAAUGAUAAAACAAACGAACUCGUACAUAAAAAGGUAUAUAUAUAUAUAUAUAUAUAUAUAUAUAUAUAUAUAUAUA